AUGGCUAUGAGAGACUGCGGAUCUGUCGGUGACCUGUUCGAUGGGGACGAGGCAGGUGCUAUCCCGGAAUAUGCCGCCCCCGGCCAGGCACAAGCUUCCCGCCUUCGCCUUAAAACCCUUGAGAGCGCAAGUUCGACGGUGAGGAGGAUGGGUUCGCGGCGAUAG